AUGUCGACAAUUAUUGAAGUCACCACACACACUCAUUUUCCUAUCAAGCUCACUGCCACCAAUUUCUCUGUAUGGCGAAAACAAGUCAUGGCAACCCUAAUCGGUCUUGGCUUAGACAAUUAUGUCAAUGGAUUAGGUGAGGUGCCCUAUGCUAGCAUCUCUCGAUCCAGAAUUAUCUCCCUCAAAUCUCGUCUGGCUAGUAACCCUAAUGGAACUCGCCUUGUAGCAGAAUUUCUCCAUGAGAUGAAAAACAUCGCAGGUGAAUUGGCUCUUGCUCAGAGCCCCGUGAAUGAAGAAGAUCUUGUUGUUCACAUCUUGAGUCAAGUUGGUGAAGAUUAUGUACACAUUGCAGCAGCUCUCAAAGUUCAUGAUACAACAAUUACUUUCCCUGAUCUAUUUGAUAAACUUGUUGACCAUUAA